AUGCAUGGGACAGAAGUGUACUUGGAAAAUGAAUGGAGCUGGGACAGCACAAGCAGGCUUCCACAUUUGCUGGGGAAGGUGGGGCAAGAAAUUAAAGUAGGAUGCAGGGUAAUUAAUGUUUCCAGUCAUCAGUGAGCAACUCAAAUCUCCAUGACUGAAUUAAAUACAAAGAAGAGUCAGAAAAAAACCUGUGCCCUGGAAAAAUUGGACUGUUGGUACAACUUUACAUUAGUCCAGCCGGUCUUUGUGGUCUGUCUCUGGGCCCAAAACAGCUUGGGGCUGUCGUUUAAAUUCAAGAUUGUCACCGUGAUGCAUUCACUUGCUGCCCUUAAGGUCCUGAGGUGCCACUUUUUGGCCUGGCGUGCGGCCCAAUAUGCUGAAGUGGGGAACCAAGUAAAAUUAGAAAUUAGGUACUCUCAAGAAAGUGUAACUGAUGCAAAGCAAAUUAAUGGCACCACUGUGACUCUCACUGCUCCUAAUGGCCGUAAGUGGGUUGUGUCCGUAAAUUGCCUUCCCCAGAGCAAAACGUUUAGUAGAUCUGAAUUAAACUCAGAGACAUCAUGGUACAGCCAGGAUUAUGGAUACUGUUCACGUCCACUGAAAAACCUCCGGGUGUGGUGUCAAGGAAAGUUGAGUGUAGAAAUGUCCCCUGAGCUUGGAGGAAAGUGGUCAAUAAGCGGCCCCGAAGGAUUUCAAAAAGAGUUUCCCAUCAUUGCUGUCUUGCGUCCCUUUGUUUCCAAAAUAGGCCCAUACGUAGUCAAGCAAAAUCACAUCCAAGAGCUGCUGACCAGCCCUGUGCGAUCACUGAAGAAGGUGGUGCUGUCCCUGUCCACUGCCAACAUUUCAUCCAUCAGACCGCACUGUGCUCCCUUCCUGUCCACCCUCUACACCGGCUGGCUGGCUUGGCUUCAUAGCCGCUCCAUGCAGGAGACCCGUGCCAGGAGAGACCUCCUGGCCACAGCCCUGGGUGGGGGAAGUGCUGGGCUGGGAGUGCUCAACACCAUGAACGUUGAGGUGUUGGCCAACAAGUUGGAGGCUGUCACCUCAGGUGUGCAGGGCCUCCUCACCCCCCUGAAUUCAUCCCUGGCCAGCCUGGGGAUGGGGCAGUGGCUUGUGUCUGAGGUGCUGCCUACCUGGGAACAAGUAAGUGAGAAAGACCACCAGGUGCUGUUGCAAGCGCUGGGAAUCGAGCAAAAUAAUGUCUCCCUUGCUCUCAGUUGCAUCCAGGCCCAGAUGUGGGUGCAGAGCGUCGUUGCAGGGAUCCUGAGGGAUGGCGACAAUGGCAUCCUCCCCACCGAGAUCCGAAAGAUCGUGUGGGACGCAGCCACGGAGAAGGAGCGGCAGCUCCAAGCCUGGUGGAGGCUGGUGAACUUCACCCACGACCAGGCCCUCAACUCAGUCAUCGCACACGUCCUCACCGUGGUGGAUGCCCGCAUCGAAAAGGUCUACCCCAUCGUGGCCCUGGGGAUUAACACUAACGGGUCUGUGGUUUAUCCCCUGGACCACCGGAUGUGGGCGAGAGUAUCAGACAGAAAAUGGCAAUCUGUAGAUUUGGAAGCCUGCAUUUUGGAACGGGGGUUGGGAUUCAUAUGCGAAGAUGAUGCCCUUAAGGCGAGCGAUGUUUGCUUUGAUACCAGCGAGGGGGUGUGCCAUUUUGAGAUCAAUCCUCGCAGCAAUAACAAAACCGUGUUAGUUUACGUAGGGAAAGGGUGUGUGUGCUUUAGAACAGCGUGUAAAUACGUGCAAAUUAAUGACAUCUACAAUCAGACCGUAUUCAAUGAUUCAAAUAUGUGUGCUUGCAAUGUAGCUAUUAUUAGAGGCUGUGAUUUUGUGUAUAAGCCACCAGUUUUUACUAGCCAAUUGCUAAUCAGAAACUAUAGCCUGUAUCGUAGUAUAACCCCGACCCCAAUAGGUAUGGAUUUGUCAUUAGUAAAGGAAAUGUUAGAGCAUGCAAAUUUACAACAGCUAUUAGAAAACGCUAAGGCAGAAGCUAAGAAGAUCUUAAUAACUGUACAUCACGAUGGUAACGUUAUAAAGCAGGUAGUGGAACGGAUUAAGAGCGCGGGAGAGCACCACUGGUGGGAAAUUUUCUUUGGCUGGUCCCCAACAGCGACCGGCAUCUUCAACGCGCUCCUGCAUCCUGUUGUAAUCAUACUGCUAAUGCAAAUCUGUGUGUGCUUUGCCAUGGUUGCUACUUGUUACUGGAUAAGGAAGGUGAGGCUCUGCAUUGAGAGCCAGGUGAAGGGACUGGAGAUAGCCAAGCGCCUCCUACCAUAGUCAAGGGCAAGACUGGGUUGGCCUCUGUGUUUGCCACCAAGAAGAACCUUUAGCUCCGCUGCUGGCUGCAACCCAGUAGGCGUUGAGCGGUGGGGACACAAGCCAUACCAGACCUUGAUGUGAGAGGGUUACCUCUGCUGUUACAAGAGAGCCAUCCAGGAGCAGAGGGCAGGCCGUGCAGCCUGCAGGUGGUGUGAACCACAGUAUGGUUGAGGUUGGAAGGGGCCUCUUGAGGUACAUGGCCCAAUCUGCCUGUUCAGAGCAAGGCUACCUAGAGCAGAUUAUCUAGAACUGUGUCCAGCUGGAUUUUGACUGUAGAGACUCCACAACUUCUCUGGGCAACCUGUUCCAGUACUUGAUUACCUACUCAGUAAGAAAGUAACUUCUCUCUGAAUAUCUCACUCCCAAAUGUUAAUGACAAAAGCUGCUUUUGUGUGGUUUAAGACUCCUUAAGCAGAGGAGAUUACGGACAGUGCUUCUGGAAGGAUACAGAAGGGAAUGUAACACCUGAGUGUGGAAAAGCAGACACUGAAGAUGGCAGAGGUAUUAUCAGCCUCAGAGACUUGGAAAGCUGAUAAAGGAGCAGAACAAAGGAUCGUGUGAUCACCUUGGACUUAAAGGAGCUGAAUCCACAUGGACUUUUGCAGCAGCCUUCUCUGGGUUCCCAAGACUCCCAAGACGCCUGGCCAACGGAUUGGUGAGAUCUUGGAGCCUGGACAUCACCGCUUUGCUUUGCUUAGUUGUGCGUGUAACCAAUAAAAUCUAUCUGUUAGAGGAUA